UAUUUAAGUAUAACCCAGGCAAAACAAGUAAUAAAUUUAUUAUUCCUCAGUAAUAAUUUCUACCCAUAUCGAUAUCAUACUAACGAGUUCAAAAAGAAAGCGACGAGUUAUUCCAUGCGGUUUGGUCACUCGUUAUGGUCCGCGAAUCAGUUGCCAACGCAAGGAGCAAAACAAGUAAUAAAUUUAUUAUUUCUCAGUAAUAAUUUCUACCCAUAUCGAUAUCAUACUAACGAGUUCAAAAAGAAAGCGACGAGUUAUUCCAUGCGGUUUGGUCACUCGUUAUGGUCUGUGGACCAGUUGCCAGCGCAA